AUGGCGACAUGUCUAUUCCGUAUUCGUCAAUUACUCAUUAUCACUGCUCUCUGCGUCUCCGUGUAUUUCGUAUUGAGCACACUGAAAGUCGGAUAUGACGUAGGGGAUCCGUCGUUUCAGAGUCGAGCGGAGAGAUAUGAAGAAGGGGAUUCAGAUGAGAACCCGGUGAAAGUAAAGACGGUUCAUAGUGAUCGAGACAGAGAUAAAAACCAAAAUUCGCCUGAAACCGUCCCUGAAGAUUUGCUGAAAAAUCAGAAAUGCAAUAUUCCGAAAUUAGAGAUAAAUGGAUCGGAAGUCAUCCAUUUUUUCAAGAAACACGAACCAUUGGAAUGUCAGAAAAAGAAGAGUUCAAUUGAGGAUAACUGGGUUUUUAUCAAUGAUGAAGGGGUGAUUCGAUUCACGGAGAAAAGGGCGAAAGCCAAGUGCAAGAUUACGUAUUUCAGUAGAAUUGAUGAUAAUAAUAACAAGUAUGAGGAGCCGGUUGAGAUUAAUGACGGCGAUCGAAUGAAUGGAAGUGAUUAUGCCACAGUCUCAUGUAUUCAAGGAUUCCAAAAAUGGAAAUCUCUUCUUUGGGAUGUAAAUGAUAAUGAGGAGAUUCACGAGAGAGCACGCAAAAUGAAGAGAGCAGAGGAGACGGAUCCAGAGAAGAAGGCGUAUAAUGUCUACUUUUUGGGAUUCGACUCGCUGUCCCAAAUGUCAUUCCGUCGGAAACUUCCAGAAACUGUGAAAUUUCUGGAGAAAACUCUUGGAAGUGUAGUAUUAAAUGGAUAUAAUAUUGUUGGAGACGGCACUCCACAAGCAUUUAUUCCCAUUCUCACUGCACAAACUGAAACUGAAUUACCAUUGACACGGAAGAGAUAUCCGAAGGCAAAUUAUGUUGAUGACGUUUAUCCGUUCAUUUGGAAAAACUAUUCAGAUCAGGGAUAUGUGACAAUGUAUGCGGAAGACGCUUUCAAUAUUGGUACCUUCACGUACCGUCUCAAAGGAUUCCGUAAUCAACCGGCCGAUCAUUACACUCGGACACUAUUCGAAGAGGUCGAGAAGUUGAAUGAUCGGAAUUGUAUCGGAAGUAUUCCAUUGCAUCGGAUGUGGCUCCAAAAUGGUCGUCAAUUCAUGAAAAAGUACCAAGACGUGCCAAGAUUCCUUCUGAUGCAUCAGUCACUUUUAUCUCACGACGACAUCAAUCUAGUCGACGUGGAAGAUAUCGAUCUAUCCGCCCAUCUGAAACAUAUGAAUGACGAGGGACUAUUCGAUGACUCACUGGUCAUUGUGAUGGCUGAUCACGGUCAUCGAUUCGCAAAAUUACGAGAAACUCAUCAAGGACAACUCGAAGAACGAAUGCCGUUCUUCUCGAUUUCCAUUCCGAAACAAUUGAGAGCGACGGAAAAAGGAAAAAUUAUGGAGAAGAAUUUGAGAGAAAACGCGGAGAGAUUGACGAGUCCAUUUGAUAUUCAUGCGAGUUUGAUGGAUAUUUUGAAUCUUUCUUCUGCUGAAAAUUUCGAAAAAAUGCAAGAUGCCUCGGCAAAACGAUCACUAUCAGUUUUCCGACCGAUUCCGAGUGACAGAACGUGUGCUCAAGCGGGUAUUGAGGCGCAUUGGUGUACGUGUCUUUCGUGGAAAAAUGCGAUGGAUUCGGUGGAGGAUCGGAAAUUGACGAGGAGAAUCGCCAAUGCCGUCGUCCGUGAGAUUAACAAAGAAGUUGCGGUGGAGAAGGAGCUGUGUGCACCGUUGAAGCUUGCAAGGAUUAUCGAUGCGAAAAAACUCCUCCCUGACAAAGAGCUCCUCGCAUAUAAAAACGUCAAAGAUGCCGAUGGAUUCGUCCCUGAUCUUUCCGGCUCAACAAAGGCGGCAUUCGCUCAUUAUCAACUGAAAAUCCAGACGACUCCAGGAGUCGCCAUCUACGAGAUCACUCUAUUCUAUGAUAUGGUUCAAGAUGAAGUGAAAUUGGAUUUCGGAGCGAUGAGCCACGUCAACAAGUUCGGAGAUACACCCCAUUGCAUUAUUGAUAAAAACUAUUAUUUGGCCACUUUUUGUGUUUGUUAUGACAAGAUUUGA